CAAAAAUCUUUACUUCGUUUUCUCCAUUACUCAGUCUCUCACUCUCACUCUCACUCUCACUCUCACUCUCACUUCAUUUGUUUAUCUUUUUUUCUUCUCCAAAAAAUUUAGAAAAAAAAAAGCACCCAAAUCCCAAAUAUUUUGAUCUUGUUGCUAACCCAUCCUUCAUCCACCCAAAUUCAAUCAUUUUCAAUUUUGUUCAUAUAUAAAUUCUUUUAUGGCUGCUCUUUACUCAACUUCCUCUUGCUUUUGUGGUAGUUUGGGUUCUUACCCAGUUCAUAAAUCAGUAAAAUUGGGUCAUGGCAAGGUUAGAGAUUCUGGGUUUUAUUUUCCUCAUCGUUUUCAGUGUGCUACUCCUAAAUUACAUGUCCAAGCAAAAGCCCUUUCUGUUGAUGGGUUACCUGAAAUAAUGGAUUCUUCACUUGUGGUUUGUUUCGGGGAAAUGCUGAUAGAUUUUGUCCCGACGAUCAGUGGUCUUUCUUUGGCGGAAGCCCCUGCAUUUAAAAAGGCCCCUGGGGGUGCUCCUGCUAAUGUAGCUGUCGGCAUAGCUCGUCUUGGUGGUUCAUCUGCUUUUAUCGGGAAGGUUGGUGAAGAUGAAUUCGGGUACAUGCUUGCUGACAUAUUAAAGGAAAAUAACGUCAACAAUGAAGGGAUGCGUUUUGAUCCUGGUGCACGAACUGCUUUAGCAUUCGUAACAUUAAGGAGUGACGGUGAACGUGAAUUCAUGUUUUAUCGUAAUCCUAGUGCUGAUAUGUUGCUUCAAGAAAAUGAACUCGAUUUUGAUUUGAUUACAAAGGCAACGAUAUUUCAUUAUGGUUCCAUAAGUCUUAUUACAGAACCAUGCAAGUCGGCUCACAUUGCUGCAGCAAAAGUUGCAAAGGAUGCAGGUGUUGUUCUUUCCUACGAUCCCAACCUUAGGCUUCCGUUAUGGCCCUCUGCGGAGAGUGCAAGGAAAGGGAUUUUGAGCAUUUGGGAUACUGCCGAUAUUAUCAAGGUAAGUGAAGAAGAGAUCUCUUUUCUAACACAAGGAGAAGAUCCAUACGAUGAUGCUGUUGUCCGCAAGUUGUUCCACCCGAAUUUGAAAUUGCUUCUAGUUACAGAGGGCGCGGAUGGUUGCCGUUAUUAUACUCAGGAAUUCAGUGGGAAAGUGAAGGGCUUGAAAGUAGAAGCCGUAGACACCACUGGUGCCGGGGAUGCUUUUGUUGCUGGAACAUUAUCGCAACUAGCUUCUGAUCUUUCCUUGAUUCAGGACGAAGACCGAUUGAGAAAUGCUCUCAAGUUUUCUAACGUGUGCGGUGCAUUGACCGUGACAGAAAGAGGUGCAAUUCCCGCUUUGCCGACUAGAGAAGCUGUUGUUAAUGCUCUCCUCAAAACCGUGGCAUAAGUUUUCUUCCCUAAACACCGUGAUUAGCCCACUUUCAGGCAUCUAUUCCUAUAUAUGUCUUGUGGCAACUAGGACUAAAUCGGAAUGAUGAUAGUAAUAUUCUAUCAUCACCGCUGCCUUCAUCGGUGGACUUAAAUGAUUCCUUAAAUUGAUGUGUCAAGGAACAAAAUCAAUAAAAUUACUGAAAUGAUUGGUGAUUUUUGUAUUCUAUCUUUCCUAGUAUGUACUAUAUGUAUGAUACUUUCAAAUUGGUUUAGCGAAUGGAGGAACUUCCUUGAUUCUUAA